AAUUCCAAUAGUAUUUCAAUCUAUUAAAUUAUUGUCAUCCUGAUUUUUCCAAAUCCGCAAUCACGAAAGUAUUUACUACAAAUUACAUAAUACUUUAUUGGAUGGCGCUUAUACUUGGCAUCUUUUUUACCCUUUUUUUAGAAAGUUUUUUUUAAGGUAUUAGAAACGCGAAAGGAAUUGAUUGUUUUAAUGUCGGUAUCCGAGCAAUUGUCUUUACAUCAGUGAAAUUCUGAACCACCUGUUAUCUUCCGAUCAGAAUUUUCCUUUUUCCCCUAGUCCGUAGACUGUCGCGUACAGUUGUUUUAGAAUAGAAAGUAGAAAGUGGAAACAAAACGCGUACAAAACGGUACAAAAUACCACAUGUGUCAUAGCUUGAUAUUGUAGAUCCUUCGUCAAAUUGCUGUUCCAUCAUGUAAUAAUUCUUUGUAAAAAUUGAGACUCUUGAAGGGAUCCUACGGCAAAGGGAAAGAAUCGUGACGAGGGGUGUUCCGGUCCUUUCAAAUUUUCACGAAACAUUCAUGGUAGAAAGUGUUGAAAUAUUUUCGAAAACGGUAUCGAAAUUGCCGCGUGGCCUUGGUGUUGUCAGCGAACGUUGAACGCUUCGCUUACGAGGUCGCCGUGCGGAGCAAAGUCACCGACAGGCAGUUGAGAUCCGCGCGUCGUAGCGUUCGGAUCGCCCUUCACAUACGUAAUUUCCUCUCGCGCAAUCAACUAACUUUUAGCGAUCGGCACGAAUAUCGAAGCGAUUAACAUUUGGUCAAGCAGGAUACGUAUUUCGCGCCGUCUGUUCGCCCGUGGGACACCAAUUCGCGUGAAGCCCACUCGAACGUGUCGUCAGAGAAAGAAAUGUCUAAUUACUAACCACUUUAUAAUCCCUUAACCGUUGGAAAAUAUUUUAACACUUUCUACCAUGAAUUUUUCAUGCAAAUUUGAAAGAAUUGGAACACCCUCGCGUUGGAAUCUCAUUAAAAGAACGAGAUCAUUUCGUUGCAAUUAAGAUACCGAGGCAAAUCGCUAACGCGCUGAAUACGGAUCGCACCACGUCCACCGGGUAUACUUUUCUCUCUCCUCGCGGUGCCCACUCCGGUGCCCCUACUCCGAUCGCCCACGGUGUCCCACGGCGAGCCAGUCUCUCCCGCGCCUUUCUUCGUGCGGCCUGCGAUCCGCGUGUCAGUUCGAAGGCAGCCGCGGACAAUAACUGACAACCGGCCGAUCCUCGGUUACCUCGCGACGUAUUCGGUUAUCCGUGGUGCAUCCGCGACACGGCCGCGAGAGCCGGGGAACGGGAAUGUGACGAUCGUAAGCGCGUGUGAGUGUAUCUGGUGAUCCGCUCCAAAGUACCGAAGGCGCGUGGCCUUCCGAUAUCAGUGAUCGAUAGUCGCGUGGGCGUGCGCAACGAUCGAUAAAUGAAAUAAAAUUGAAGAGCUCCGAGGGACACAUUUCGUAAAAGCGUCCGCGAAUCGGGAUCUCUCGGGGAAGUUAAACAAAAAGAAACUAUUUCAGCGACGAGACACAAAUGUGCGUGCGGUUCGACGAUGAGAGGUGCGCGCGUUGUGCCAAGGACCAUCGCGAUUGGACGUGCAGCGCGCUGACGUAGUUUCCUCUCGCGAGCAAUCAGCAUCGGUGUCAUCUGCAGCAGCGGCGACGCGCUGAGAAUCAAGGACGAGCCCAGCAGCAGCGUGCGAGAGAUGCGAAACGGCGGGCAAACGGCGCAGCAAACGGCGGUAAUGACGCCGCCGCAUCUCAACGGCUCGGUGCAGUUCAUAUCGGGCGGCUAUGUGACGACGGGAUAUCUGCCGCGUCAGUCCUGGACCCAAUUCCAGGCCGCGCCGCAGCAUCCGAGGAGCGGCGGCAGACCCCUGUCGCUGCCGCCGCCCCCGCCGCCCUCCCGACGCGACAGCGGCCAGCAGAGGCCUUGCAACGGCGGUCCGGCUAAUACUAAGAACACAUCCUUGCCGCAUCCCAGACCGGCGACCCACAGAAGUGCCACUCCCUCGAAGGUGGACCCCGAGCUGAUAUUUACAAAACAGGAACGAAUCGGGAAGGGUAGCUUCGGCGAGGUUUUCAAGGGCAUCGACAACAGGACCCAGCAGGUUGUUGCCAUCAAGAUCAUCGAUCUUGAAGAGGCGGAAGAUGAGAUCGAGGACAUACAGCAGGAGAUUAUGGUGCUGUCGCAGUGUGACAGCCCGUACGUCACCAAGUAUUAUGGAUCUUAUCUCAAGGGUACGAAGCUGUGGAUCAUCAUGGAGUAUCUGGGUGGCGGCUCGGCCCUGGACUUGAUGAAGGCCGGUAGCUUCGAGGAGAUGCACAUCGCCGUGAUAUUACGCGAAGUGCUCAAAGGGCUGGAUUAUCUGCACAGCGAGCGCAAGCUCCAUCGCGAUAUUAAAGCGGCGAAUGUUUUGCUGAGCGAGAUGGGCGACGUCAAGCUAGCCGACUUCGGUGUGGCCGGUCAGUUGACGAACACCACCAGUAAACGAAAUACCUUCGUCGGUACGCCGUUCUGGAUGGCACCCGAAGUCAUCAAGCAGUCUGCUUACGACUCCAAGGCUGACAUUUGGUCCCUGGGCAUAACGGCGAUCGAGCUCGCGAAAGGAGAGCCACCAAAUAGCGAGCUGCAUCCCAUGAGGGUUCUCUUCCUAAUACCCAAGAACAAUCCGCCGCAACUGACCGGGAAUUACACGAAGCAGUUCAAGGAGUUCGUCGAGGCCUGCCUCAACAAGGAUCCCGAAAACAGGCCGACGGCGAAGGAGCUGCUCAAGUUCCAGUUUAUCAGGAAGGCGAAAAAGAACUCGUACCUGAUCGACCUGAUCGACAGGUACAAAAAGUGGAAGUCACAGCGCAGCGAGGAGUCGGAGACCGAGAGCGAGAAUUCGGACUCGGAGGAAUCCAAGCAAGACAGCGACAUGGACGAGCCAUGGAUAAUGACGGUGAAAGGCCCGCACGGGGUCAAAGGAUCCGUGGUGCCUAUGCUGCCACUGGACGAGCAGCCCACAUCCCUGACCCUAACGCAUACAAACCAUAGGUCCUCCAAUCACAGCCAACCGAAUAAACCGCACGCGAACGGCGCCUCGCGAUCGCCGCCGAAGGACACGACGCUUAAUCAUUACAGAAGCGAGUCCAGGGAUUCGUUGCGCGACGGCCAAGCGAAACACACGCCUUCCCGACCACACGAAGCCGCGCCUCCACCGCCGGUGGACACGAGAGAGAAACGAGAUGAGCGGGACUAUCGUGACUCCAGCCGCGAGUCCACGCUCCGAGAGUCGAAGGAGAUGCGCGAUAGCCGCGAGAGGGAUAGAGAAGUCGUCAGGGAACGAGAACGGGACAGGGAAGGCAGAGAUCGGGAUAGAGUGAGCAGGGACUUCAACUCACGGGAGAAGAGGAGGAACAGCAAACCCGACGUGCCCAUCACUUCGAUGGCCGAUCACAGACCUGGCGAGGAUAAGCAGAGGCCCAGAAGUUCGCAGGAGCUCAAGCAUCCGCGAAGCGUCGCUCUGUCCGGCGUUGUUUUUCCUCUCCUUUCCGAGCUCCAACGAAAGCACCAGUAUUCGGCGAGAGACAAUAACGGCGAGGGCGGCAGUGGUGGCAAGAACGGCGGCGCUGUAGAAGAACUACGAAGCGCCUUCGAGUCGGCGGAACGCACGUCGCCGGGAAUGACAGAGUCCCUAAUCCGCGAACUGAUCAAAUCCCUACUCCCAUCCAAUCAUUCAGAAGGGCGCCUAUCUAUGCUAAUGGAGAAGGUUAUUUUAAGGUAAUAUUCUCGUGAGCAUACGCACCACCGCGGUGUAUUUGCGCAGGAGGAACAACGUGCUCUUCUGUUUUAGGGAUACGUAGGGACGCGAGAGGACAAAGGUCCGCAAGAGACUGUGGUCCCAGAAUAUCCUGACGUUGUAAAACCAUACGUUAUUUCUCUCGAUUAUCAAUUUACUAAUCAAUACGAGCCGAGCAUGUCGCCAAUGAGCGGCGAUUCCGAACGUGAACGUGAAGGUGCGAGGGAAAUGUGUUUGUUGCCCCGUCAUCCCGUUCCCUCCCCGCUCUUCCCCACCCUGCGCUGAUCUAUAAAGGCCGCACUACAACGAAGUCUAUCGAAGUUUUACGAAGUAGUCUACUGAACCGCCCCAUUUUCACCUGCCUACCUCGCCGUAGGGUAAAAAUACGUAGACGACGGCAGAUAAACGCGCAACGUUGUGCCAGUAUUCUUGCAGUUCCUACUCGUGUAAUUGUCAUCGAUCCUUUUCUCACCUUCUCGAUUCAACUGUCCUACAUUUACACGCUUUUCCGCGUCGAUUCGUCGCCCGAUAGUUCAUUUCAAUCACGAAUCGAUUCAUCAUUAUGGAAUUUCCAUAUUCUUUGAUUGUUUGAAUCAUCUAAUUUUCAAUAUUCAUUGCUUUAUAAUUUUUUCAAGGAAUCACGUCCACAGGAUACGACUUUAUAUUUUGUUUUAUAUCAAUAAAAAGCUGUAGCGUGACUUAAUGAAGAGCAACUCGUUAUAAGAGUACGUCGUUUUUAAAAUCUACUAGACGAAAAGAACUGUCGGUUGAUUCCAUUUUUUACUACCUUAGACAUUAAAACGUUCUUUAGUGUUAAUAGAUCAUUUACAAAGAUUGGAGAGUAAAGGAGCGUAUUCAGUUCAAUAGCUGCAAGUUUUACCUUGGACGAAAAAAAAAGGUAACGAUUUAGCGAUCCUAUGGCAAUCAGUUACGAGUAGAGAAAGGCGGAAAAUAGGCGGUAGUGCGUUUGCGAAAAAGUUGAAUCGAAACCUCCGUUACACGCGAUAGCCUAAUAAAUAUCUUAAACCUUCUUCAUGUUCGGCGUGAGCAUCGAUCUGGCGAUACGACAACAAAACAAAAUUGUACAGACUCGGCAAAACGGAUAGAUGAAAAGUAUUCGAUGACUUGGUCUUGCCUCAAUAUAGAUAGGUCCGUGGCAUGCACUAGCGAGAUAUCUCGCGCAUAGAAAACGUGAUCUGUAUAAAGAAAAGCUUUUAAUUGUACGGAGCUUUGAGAGAGCGAUACUUUUAUUGAUGUUUUUUACCGAGAGAACAUGUAUUUAAUAGAGUGUUUUGAAGAAAGAAGGUCUCGUAGUGGUCUAGCAAAAGGUACGAUGUGUUCUUUGAGUAGAUUUCCUCCCGUGGCUUCCUACGCUAGUGCAUGUUCCGAACGCGAAAGAAGAGAGCUCUAGCGCGCGCGAUGCUAGAGGAAUUGUAAAUAUGUAUGUAGCGCGAUAAGAUAGUCUUAUUGUUCUGAUCGACGUCUUUGCCAACCGGUCGCACAGCUCCGUUAAACGAUCUUGUUACGAAGAGAAAAAGAAUUCCUUUCCCUUCCCAUGGUCACAUCGUUCGUCAUUGAAGAAGAUGAUAGACGUAGGAUACAGGCAAUAAUUGCCGUUACAAAUUUAUCGAGGGCUUUUAUCGUUUUCGUGUAGUUUUCGCUUGUUGCGUAAAAAUUGCAGAUAAGCCGUUACAGUGUUUCAGAAACCGUACGCGACGUAUAUAAUAGCGUUUAAAAAUAUAUAUAAUUAAUUUCUAGUUGUGUGUGAAAACCCACUUGAAAAUGGUCGAGAAACAAUGAUAUUUUAGAACUCUAUCAUCUCCAGUAUGCGUACAUCUACGAAAGACGCUUCGAUCUUUCCACAUCGCGCCUUAAAAUAUCGCAUUGCGUCAUUAACUUAGAGUAACAAUGGGGGUCGUUUCACGUUAACGUCGUCGUUAAACUGUCUGUACAUCACCGAAUUGUACAACGCAAUUCGACAGUUGGAGCGAGAAAGCGAGACAAAAGCGCCUUUUAUAAAACUUUGAAUUCUUCGAGACAAUAGUUUGCGUGAAACGACUCGACAAUCGAUUCAGACGGAAUUUACCCACACGAGGAGGUACGAGAAGUGUUUCUUCAACUUUGAACGCGCGGUGCGUUCGAACAGCGACGACCAGAUUACAUAGAUAUAUACAUAAAUACAUAUGUGUAUGUAUAUGUGUAUACAUUACGCGGAAUUUGAGUACUGCCGUUCUUCCAGACUUAACUUGCGUUGUACACACGAGUAUUUCUCGAAUUCACCGCACUUGAUUUUCACGAUCGAGUCUGAGCUGCGAUGACUCCCGCGCAGGGCGUCGACACUUAAUCCAACGUUGUUUGUAAACUAAUGUAUUUUAUAAAAUAUAUUAUAUAUAGAGAGAGAAAAGGAAAUUCCACACGCAUACACACGAGCAUACACACAUGUACACGUGCGUAAAAAAAUAUAUAUAUAGAGAGUUCUAUAGAAAAAUGUCAUCUACGGGAUGGUCGGAGAAAAGUCUCGCUCUUCCGACAGAAUGCAAGGACCAUCCUGCAAACGGUGAUUUAAAAGAAGAUACAAAAGGGUGAUAGAGCAAGAGUGAGAAAGAAGAGGAGCGAAUUUGUGAACGAGGAUACGUCAAUUAACGGUAGAAAUCGAAAAGUGAAAUGGCAAGGAGACUUAAUUACGUUACCGCGUUACGAUUAUUGUACUAAUCUGUACGAUUUGGUUUUCUUUUUCUCUCUUUUUUUCCCCUUAAAUUUAGUUCUUUAUUUAGAUAAUUAUAUUUGCCGAGAAACGAAAAAGUGACCAUUAUAAAAAA